AUGAAAAAGUUGAGUGUAGAUGAAAAGAAAAAAAUUAUUAAAAUUUUAAAAGAAAAUAGUGCUGUGUGGGAUUUGUCCGAAGCAGAGCAUCGGAAAAGUACGGCAUUGGCUGCCGGUUGGGAGAAGAUUUCCAAAGAAAUGAAAAGACCAGUUGCGGAAUGCAAGACCAUUUAUAGAUCUUUUAAAGAUUUAGCACGUUAUAGGGGAAGGAAAAAACAGUGCCAAAAAUCCGGCAGUGAGCUCAUUCUAGAUGAAAGUGAAUCUCCCGAAACUUCGAUUGGCAAUGAAAAAGAAUGUGCAGAAUUUUCAGUUUGUUUGGAUUUUUUGCAGCUAGAGUGUAUCUUUAGAAUUUGGAGAAUUAUCCUAUACACAGAAGCGAUGUGCCUUUGCAGACUUCCGCAAGCGAAGUACCUUAAAAUACAAUAGUUGUUUUUGAACUAUGUAAAUAAGAAGAAACUACAUAUAUAUUACUCUAACACUGCCGCCAACUUUUGAUUCGGAGAUAUUCCAUCUGUUGGCCGAGUCAUUUUCUUGAGCUUCAAAUAAGGUGUCACCAUCGAUAGGAUCCGCUGAAAAGUUAUCACGUCCAUGUGAAAAUUUUCACAGAAUCUUAUUGGAUCUUUAAUUAAAUCCUGAAACUAUAUUAGACAAAUUAAAAAAUACUAAUUGAACGAAUUUGCAGAAUACAACUCACAUCUCUUGCAAACCUGCCACUUUUUUGUUGCUUCUUCAAAUAAAUGCUUUUAUUUUGCCUUUUCUUUUUUUGUUUUUUGAUAGAUUCGGCAAGCACUGCACUAUAUAACGAAAUAGCAUCUUCCAAAUCAGAAUCAGAGUCUGAAUCGAUAAACAUUUUUUGUAUUUUGUGGAACACUGCUAUUUUCUUUAAAAUUGAAAAUCUCCACUGUCAAUUUUCCACAGCGAAAAAAUUUCGUUCGAAAAUA